AUGGGCAACCAGGCCUCCAAGGACGGAGGUGCCUCCUCCUCCUCCUCCAAGGGCACCGGCGAUGCCUCCUUCCAGUCGUACCCGUCCUUCAGCAGAUCCGACACCAAGGAGUCGUCGCGCUCCUUUCGAUCCUUGCGCUCCAAGAUCCCCGGCACGAGCGCCAAGACCGACAGCCCCAGAAACUCGGCCGUGCUGCCCAACGGAGACUCGACGGCCGAUGCUAAGGGCGCCGACGCCGCCUCGGUGCGAUCCGGACGAAGCGCUCGCUCGAGCGUCUCCCGAGCCAGCCGCAGCGACCUCCCGCCCUUCCGCCACGGCUCCACCGACAUGUCGAGCUCGGCCAUCCUCGAGUCCCAGCCUCCGCCGUCGCCCGUCUCGGCCAACGCCCUCCGCGGCGCCCAUCAAGACCUCAGCGCCGCCCAGGCCUCGGGCGAGGUCGACCACGUCUCCGACCAGCCGCCGACGGCCAACGCGAGCCUCGGCGCCCACAUGCAACCGCCGGGCCAGUCCAUCCUCGUCAAGCGGGAUGCCGACGCCGACGCCGACCAGAAGAAGACGGCGCCGGCCGACGCCGCCGCCGCCGCCACGUCCGACGCCUCGCCGGCGGCCGGCAACGUGGCCAUGGCCGACAUCAAGGACAUCGACCUCGACGACUUCAUCAAGCGCCUCCUCGACGCCGGCUACGCCGCCAAGGUGACCAAGAGCGUCUGCCUCAAGAACGCCGAGAUCGUGGCCAUCUGCUAG